AAGUCAGCCUUUCAGCCCUACUGCAACAAAACGAGUCGUUCCGCAGCGGUCCGAGAUAAUCGAAACAGACCGUCUAUAAGGUAUGGCCAGAUGCCUGGAGAGUUCCGGGGUGUAUUUCCUUCCGUAUGCAGAACGAUCCUUGAAAGUGUACUUGUCAUUUGUCUAUGUCAUGGACCCAUGCUCUGUUAGCCCGUCAUCAUAUAACUCCCUAACACUACUCCGGCGGAGCAUCAGAACGCUAGCCUAAACACCCAUUUUCCAAGAGAAGGCUUCCACGAUGCUUCUAUCGGGGUAUUUCAUAACGAUCAUAAACUAUCUCGGUCUUCAAUACCCUCUGGGCCCCCAGCUAGAUGUACCGGCACCGAUUGAAGGCCAUGUGAAGCCUCACCUCGAGCAGUUUGAACCCUGGGUACCACCCGGCGCUAUGCCGGACCCUGGAGAUCCAGAUAGCGAGCCUAUCAAGUGCGAUUACAGGGCAAUGGUGGCGGAUGGGUAUCUCCCCUCGCGCCCAGAGGGGAAUCAUGAAUGGAUUCCGCAUAAAGAUGACCCAAACCUUCAAUACAACAUCACCACCGAUUAUGAUACUCGCACUCCCAUUGGCACGACAAGAGAAUAUCACAUCACCGUCACUGAAAGUGAUGUCCAGGUAUGGGACGGGAGAAAAAUUCGCAGCAGGCCACUUGCCGAUGGAAGAUAUCCAGGCCCGUGGAUCCAGGCUUGCUGGGGGGAUAAACUCAAAAUCACUGUCCACAACAACUUGACGGAGGUCAAAAAUGGGACUGCAAUCCAUUUCCAUGGGCUUAGACUUCUGAACAGCAACCUUGUUGACGGGGUACCCGGGGUUACGCAGUGCCCAGUCGCCCCCGGAGACUCUUACACGUACAUCUUCAAUGCCACCCAGUAUGGCACGUCAUGGUACCAUAGCCACUACAGUCUGCAGUACUCGGAUGGCUUGCUCGGUCCGUUGACUAUUCACGGACCGACAUCCGCAAGAUACGAUGAACCACUGUACCCUCUUGUAUUGUCUGACCACAAUCACCGGAGCGCCUUCCAAGAAUACUAUAUAGAGCAAUUUGGCCCGCCUUUUCCCAACCAAGAGAGCAUUCUCAUCAACGAUCAUGGGAGUUUUGCUGGACAAUUCCCUGAUAACCAGUACACACAACCUGUGCAGGGAGGGAAAAGAUAUUCACUCAUGCUUAUCAACGCCGCCACGGAUACCACGUUCGUUUUCGGCAUCGAUGGGCAUACCGUGACUGUCAUCGGCAUUGAUUUAGUGGCGGUCCAACCGUUUGAGACUAACCAUGUCCGCCUUGGAAAUGGUCAGCGAUAUCACGUUAUCCUUGAAGCAAGGGAAGAUGUCCCAGACGGAUCAUCCUUCUGGAUCCGAACAUAUCCAGCGGAAGGCUGCAAUGGUUUCCGUCCUCGGGCACCCGACGCGAGACAGGGGAUUCUCUGGUACUCGUCAGGAAAUGAAACCUCGCCGCCUGUACCAGAGACUAGCCCUAUGAACUACACCAUUGAGUGUAAAGACAUGGUGCAUUAUAAACCCAUGGUCCAAUGGACCGUCCCCGCGAUCCCUCAGCUCGGUGACGGCAGUGUAUAUGACAUCAUCGACACUACUCUCAGUGUCUGGCAGUGGGAUCUUACCAAGGACACUAACUCUGCUCCCGAUGACAAGGUAUGGUCCUGGAAAAUUCUAAAGGAUCAUGCCCGGGUGGACUACAAAAAGCCGUCAGUGGAUCAUGUGGACGAACUCGAACCUGAUACUUGGGACCACACUGCGGUUAUAGACUCAAAGCCAAUUAAGGAUGGCGAGGACGUUUGGAACUACAUGUUGAUUGUUGGAGGGAGAGCUGAAAAACAGGUUGGUGGAGGCAUUGUUGUACCACCCGCCUAUCAUCCCAUCCAUCUGCAUGGCCAUGACUUCGUCGUCCUCAAGAAUUCCUCCACCCCAUAUCAGGGCUACGGUUCACUAGAGGACCUCCAACUCGACAAUCCCUUGCGGCGCGAUACCGUCCUCCUGCCCAACAAUGGCUAUUUAGUGAUUGCCUGGAAGUCCGACAACCCCGGCGUAUGGGCAUUGCACUGCCAUAUCGCCUGGCAUGCCUCUGAUGGCUUAGCUCUGCAGAUUGUCGAAGGGAGAGAGAAGCUCAAGAAACAACUCGAUCUCGAGAAUAUCUCCAAUCUAUCCCCCGACGAGGCCUUCUUGGCGCAGCAAUAUCAGACUACCUGCAGCAACUGGGGCAUAUGGCAGGAUAAUCGGAUCGGAGAAUUGAAUGACGCGAACUCUACGGAGCGUUUCCAGGACGACUCGGGAAUUUGAUUGGCCUGGAAAUGGCCUGGAAAUGUCCCCAGAACAUGGACGGCAUGACAUGAUGAAGUCUGUAAGGAAAUAACCUGUCGCAAUAUAAGAUUGGCUACAAAAUGGCACCCCACAGAGCUCAGAAGUGUCUAGGUGUCUUUUGUAGCUGAGUGGGAUUCUUUGCCACAUAAAUCAAUUCAAUGAUUGAAUCGAAACAUGAGUUGGCUUUAUUACAUGUCACGUUUAAAUUAGUGGAUUCCUCCAGUCGAGCAUCCCUACAGUCUGGGAUAUCCAUCGUCCAGCUUCCCAUAUUCAAUGUAUAAAAUAUUGUACUAUUCCCAGGGAGCGUGUUCCAAUUCAGGCACAUAUUGUACGUGCACAUGCUGCCCUUUUAUUCAACAUACGGUGUCAAUACAUUGAUGCGGAC